UGCGUCAGAGAGAUUACACCCCACUCGUUUUCUGUCCACCCGACCGCGUCUGUUCCGUGUAGCUAGGGGGAAAUAACAUUAAUGCUGGGUUUUUGUGUAGAUGGAGAAAAUAUAUACAUCUUCUUUGUUUACAGCAAGCAUAUGCUUUUAGCUCUCUGAAUAUCCACUGCCAAAGGGACACAGCAGUUAUUAAAAGGUUUGGAGCGGCUCGGCCAGCUGCGAAGACGGAGAUGGACCCGGCGGGGAGUCGCUACCAAGUGUUGCACAACGAGGACGACCCAUGUGAAACAGCCUCUGAUGGAGAGCCGUCCACCUCUACCCGGGCUACCGCCUCUGUGGUUGCCUCUGGUAACCCUGUUGCUGUGUCAACAAAUGCUGAGGCUCCACCCCCUCCCUAUACCAGCGUUCCAUUAGGAGCUACAGCUGCCCAAGAGCACCUCUUCCCAGAGGACUUCCCUGUGCCUCCUCCCUACAGUGUGGCUACAUCACUCCCCACCUAUGAUGAAGUGGAAAAGGCCAAAGCUGCAGAGAUGGCAGCUUCUGCCGUGGACACUAUGCCACGUGAAGAUGACUUUCCACUGCGGAAUGAUUUCAGUGACGGUGAUCAGAUGAGGGUUGGAAAUGAUGGCAUCUUCUUGCUGGCCUUCUUCAUGGCCUUCUUGUUCAACUGGAUUGGCUUCUGUCUGUCCUUCUGUCUGACUAACACCAUUGCGGGACGAUAUGGAGCCAUUUGUGGCUUUGGCUUGUCCCUAAUCAAGUGGAUCCUCAUUGUGAGGUUUUCAGAGUAUUUUACUGGAUACUUCAAUGGGCAGUACUGGCUCUGGUGGAUAUUCCUGGUUCUUGGUCUGCUGCUGUUCUUCAGAGGGUUUGUGAACUACCUGAAGGUGCGGAACAUGUCUGAGAGCAUGGCAGCUACACACAGAACACGCUUUUUCUUCCUCUAUUAGAGGAUUUGCUUGGACAGACAUUCCUCUCAUGUGAAAUUUCCUAACGAUCAGCAGGCUGUCAGAUGAGCUGCAUCUCGGCGUUGGGGGAGGUGGAGGAGGGCGGGCGUGUCCGCUUUGCCAAACGGCCCAUACGUGUGGCUCUUCACCAAGUUAACAUUUCACCUUCACAAAUGUACUCCCCCUUUUUAAUUUACACACAGCCAUUUUAUUUAUAAUUUGAUUAUCUGGUGGGGGGGGGGGGGGGGGGGGGGAUAAUUGAGUCAGGGCAGAGGACUUAUUUUGAAGAAUGUUCUAUUAACUGCAUGUGCAUAAGAAAAAUAAUUUAUUAUAUGGAUCUUUAAAAAGGAUAGGCGUAAAAAAAAAACAAAUGAACAGAAGUAUAUAGCCAAGACUGUCCUAUGCAAUUCAGUUUUUAAAUAAGACAGUGGUGGCUCAUCCUAAACUGAGCAAUCACUGGACAUGCUCGACAGAUCCAGGACCUUGGCAAGUUGCAUUGCGUUGCAGUAUUAAGACUUUGACUCAUGAUUUGAUUAUUUAAGAUGAAUGGUCAAACUUAUGCCAAUGUAAGAUAAAUGUUUUGCACAUUUGCUAAGAAUUUUCUCGUGUUUUCUCCAUAGGUUUGCUAGUCGCUAGUUUAAUCUUACUGGUUAAAAGUUAGGUAGCUUUAACAUGUCAGACUGGAAGUGAAAUUCUGAAUCACUUUUGUUUCUGUUUUGCUGAUUUGUUUAUUUUUUAUUUUAGUUUUUUUAUCUAUGAUGAUCUGGUGGUCGGUCGUGAUGAACUUGUGCGAGUUUGGUCAUACUGUGAACCGUCUGACUGCUUAUCUAAUCGAUAACAUAGCAGCCUGUUCAGCAAUAUCACAUGUUCCAUAAUGGAAGUGCAUGGUUCAUUUGGCUGCUGUGAUUAAAAUAGUCAUAAUGAUGAUGAUGAUGAUAAUAAUAAUAAUAAUAAUAAUAAUAACAAUAAUAAUGACACCAAUAAAGCCUGAGAGGCUAAAAAGCAAUUAUUAUUAAAUGUUCGUAAAACGAAAAGCCUAUUUUUUCUUUGCAAUUUGGGGUAAUGUGUGGUUUCCCCAAAGAGAGUUGUGUGCUGUGUGUUUAAUCCUCUUGUCUUGCAAAUGCCAAUAAAGUUCCAAUUGAGCACAGGGAAGGUUU